AAUUUAGUUGUUGAUUCGUAGCGCAACGGUUCAAGUCCAUGUGAGCUGAACGUUCAAACCAGUUCAAAGCUGAUUUACACAUGUCUAAUGUCUAGCAGUCUAGUUUGCAGUCGCUGCGCGCUCUCGGCUGCGAUAUGACGCGUGUGUUGUGUCUCCUCGCACUGGCGACGCUGUGUCGUGCGACAAGCCGGCCCCACAUCAUACUCAUUAUUGCUGACGACUUGGGCUGGAACGAUGUGGCUUUCCACGGCUCCAACCAGAUCCCGACGCCGAACAUCGACGCGCUGGCGUGGUCGGGCCUCGUGCUCAACAAUUACUACGUCACGCCCAUUUGCACGCCCUCCCGCGCCGCCCUCAUGACCGGCAAAUAUCCUAUACACACUGGCAUGCAGCAUGGUGUAAUCUACGGCACGGAGCCGCGAGGCCUGCCGCUGUCAGAGAAGCUGCUACCGGAGCACCUGCGCGAGCUGGGUUACCGCACGCACCUCGUCGGCAAGUGGCACCUCGGCAGCUACAAACGCGACUACCUGCCGCUUAACAGAGGUUUCGACACUCACCUUGGAUUCUGGACGGGUAGGAUAGACAUGUAUGACCACACCUCUUUUGAAUUCGGCUCCUGGGGAUUCGAUUUCAGACGCGGGUUUGAAGUGGCUCACGACUUGUUCGGGCAGUACGCUACAGACGUCUACACCAAGGAAGCGGUGAGGUUAAUCAACGCACACAACGCGAGUACGCCGCUGUUCUUGACGGUGGCGCACUCGGCGGUGCACAGCGGCAACCCCGGCGAGUUCCUCCGCGCGCCCGACGCCAUCAUUGACAACUUCGCGCACAUUCGCCCAUUCCAGCGGCAAAAGUUUGCCGCCAUGGUAUCGAAGCUGGACGAGUCCGUGGGCAAGGUGGUGCAGACGCUGCAGCAGCGCAGCAUGCUGGAGCACUCCAUUAUUCUGUUCACGACGGACAACGGGGGCGCCGCCGCGGGCUUCAACGACAAUGCCGCUUCCAACUACCCAUUGAGGGGCGUGAAGAACACAUUGUGGGAGGGCGGGGUGCGCGGCGCGGGCGUGCUGUGGAGCCCGCGGCUGCACGUGACGCCGCGCGUGGCUCGCCAGCGCCUGCACCUCGUAGACUGGCUGCCCACACUGCUCGCCGCCGCGGGCGCCAACUACAGCUGCGACUCUAUCGACGGUAUGAGCCAGUGGGAGGCGCUGUCGGGCGACCUGCCCUCGCCGCGCUCCGCCGUGCUGCACAACAUCGACGACAUCUACGGCAGCGCCGCCAUCACCGUGGAUCAGUGGAAACUGCACAAGGGUACGAAUUACAACGGCGCGUGGGAUGAGUGGUACGGUCCGAGCGGCGAGGGGGAGGGCGGCGAGUACUCACCGGGGCGAGUGCGCGACAGCGACGCGGGUCGCGCGCUGCACCAACUCGGUCUGCUGCCCGCUGAUCACACUAUUUUGGCUCUCAGAGAGGAGGCGACAUUGCGUUGCAACACGAGCGUCACGCCCAUCCCGUGUCGGCCGCUCGCCGCGCCCUGUCUCUUUAACAUCGAGGCGGACCCCUGCGAGAAGAGGAAUCUGGCGGAUCUAGAGCCGGUGAUGCUGCGCCGCAUGAUGGUGGAGCUGGAGCUGGUGAACCGCACGGCGCUGCCGGCGCAGGUGCGCGCGCGCGAGCCCCGCGCUGACCCGCGCCUGUGGGGCCGCCUCUACACCAACUUCGGGGACUACCUGCCCGCGCCCUGCGCCCUCGACCCCGCGCAGCCACACUGCUACACUCUGCCCAUCAACACCAUUUAAUUCACUCACAUCUAUAUGUGGCACCCUACUAGCCCUCCUGAUUUCUGACUAUUUUAUUAAAGUACUGAAAACUGUGAUAACUGAUAGUAGUUUAAGCUAAAUUAUUUUCCUCCUCUUUACUCCAAGUAUGUCAAAAUAGGACAAAAAAUUUCGCGAUCACUACCAGACUUUCAUAGAAAAACGUAACAAAGUUACAAUCCAAUGAAUGGUUUAAGCACACUUGGUUAUUGUUACAAGUUACAUUACAAGUUAUUGCUGUACUCGGAGACGUUUACUGGGUGUUUUAACAUUCCCUCAGUUAAGAUUUUGAUUAUGGCAGAACAUAAAAACAUUGAUAAUUUUUUUUUGUAAUAAGAGAAGAUAAGACUACAUAAACUACUGAUCUAGUGAUGAAAUUGUUGUAUGAAUUUGUAAUUUUAACUCAGUUUCAUGAAUUUAAGGUGUUUUGUGUAUGUUUGUAACAAAGAUAUUUGCAUUUAGUUUAGUAGUUUAAGGAUAACUCUCUCUCUCUCUCUCUCUCUCUCUGCCUAGCUUGCAUCCCACAAGAUGGUGGGGUCAGCUUAUCUAAUCCCUCUUUUCCAGUUCGCUCUAUCCAUGACAUUCAUCUGUGACUUGUCACUCACUCAUGUCUUUUAUCUCGUAUCUUGUUGUGUAUAUAUAUUUGAUGUAAUGUUUAACAAUAAAGAUAUUUUAGUUAUAUAAAUAUAUUGAAAUGUAUUAAUUAAAUGUUAAUUUAAAAAGACG